AGCAAGGAUUACUGACAGAUGAGCAUGAGAAAGAAAGCCAGUCAAUAGAGAAAGAGGGAGGGACAGAAAGAGCCAGAGAGGAGACGAGGCGAGUCCAGGAGGCCCUUAGCUCGGACUGCAUGCUGUCUUUGUGGCCAGUUAACCUGUUAUUAGCUUAGCUGGCAGGGAUGGGUGAUCCAUCGAACCCGGUCGAGUCCGUCACAUCUCCUGUCGUCACGGCGAUACCCACGGUGAUAGCUGGGGAAGUGCAAGAUGGUACUAAAACCCAAUCGGCCAAUAAGAAUGGAAAGAAGUCUGACUCUGGGUCCAGCAGCAGCUUCUUCACCUGGUUCAUUGUCCUGGCCCUGCUGGGUGUCUGGACGUCUGUAGCCGUGGUCUACUUCGACCUGGUCGACUAUCAGGGAGUCCUUGACAAGGCUAAGGGCUUACAAAUUAACCUGUCUGAGGCCUUGCAAGGUAAACUGGUGGCAUACGAUACAGAUGGCGAUGGUGAUUUUGAUGUCGAGGAUGCAAAAGUUCUUCUAGGGCUGAAAGAGAAGGCUGUUGUGGUCACCUCCCGUCAUGAAGAGGCCGCUGCCCCGGUGGAGACGGCUGAACCAGAAGCUGUUUUUGAGCCUGAACCUGUUUAUGUGGAGGAUGUGAUUGAAGCUGCCGUAGCCGAGGACACUUCUGCACCACCACCAGAGCCUGAACCUGAGGUAGCAGCCGAGUCUGAACCUGAACCUGAGCCCGAGGCCGAGCCCGAGGCCGAGCCCGAGGCUGAACCAGAACCUGUGGAGACUCCUGAGGUGAUUGAGGAGGAUCCAGAGGUGCUGGAGGAGGAAGAGGAGGCGGCUCCUGCAGUGGAGGAGGAGGAGGAGGAGGAGGCGGCUCCUGCAGUGGAGGAGGAGGCUGUUCCAGUUGAGGAGGUCGCAGAGAUAAUGGCAGAUCAGCCUGAAGAGGAGGCCGUGAAAGAGGAGGAACCUGCUGCGGCUGAGGAGACCGAGGAGGAGGCUGCUGCUGAAGAGGUGGCAUCAGACGUUGACACUUUAGAGGAAGAGAGCACUCCCACAGAAGAAGCUGUCGAGGAGAUGGAGGAAGAGGCAGCUCCUUUAGAGGAACCUGCUGAGGAGCCCACUGAAGAGGAGGAAGCUCCAACAGAAGAAACUGUAGAACAGGAGUCAGCGCCUUCAGAGGAACCUGCUGAAGAGGACGCAGCCCCAACAGAAGAAACUGAGGAGGAGUCGGCUGUAGAAGAGGACGCAGCCCCAACAGAAGAGGCACCGGAGGAGGCCGCAGACACAGAGGCAACUCCUGAAGAAGUGGUAGUGGAGGAGCAAACAGUACCAGUCACAGAGACAGAAGAAGAAGAAGUAGAACACGAAGAAGAGGAGGCAGCAGAAGAAGUAGCAGAGUUUGUUGAGACAGAGGAACCGCUUCAGGAUGAGCCCACAGAAACGUAGAGGCUGCCGUGGUCGUCGUGGUGACGGAGCAGGGACCCACUGACCUUGCAUCAGCACCAUCUGAGCGUGCUCAGAGCGAUGAUGCACCUCUCCACCUCCAGUGAAACAAUUGAGUUGUUAUGAUGCCCCCAACCCCCGCCGCUUUCACACCUUCCUUUAAUGUUCCUCUUGGUGUAAAUGUGAGAUAACAGAUGAAUUAUUUACUAAUGCGGUACUCCUGUUUGUCUUUGACUCCCCAUUCUUUCCUUCUUCUUUAAGUAGAGUGCCCGUUUCCAUCUGUGUUCAGGGUGAUGUAGUUCUGUGUGACUGUGUCCAGAUGGUCAGGCCAUGUGAACUCUAUGUGCUCUACUUGCAACCAGUCUAUCUGCAAGAGCUGUAACAUUAAACCGGUCUGGAACUUUAUUUUAAAGUCUCUCAGUGAUGUAGUUUGGCUUCCUGCAGCUGAACCAACAGGUUCAGGUCGAUACACUGAGCUAUUUGACUUUGCAGGUUCAGAAGCUUCACAGAUUCAAAACUUAGCUGGCGCAACAAAAGCGGAAGUGUUGCUCUGAAGGAACGCUGCAUAAUGUUUCCCUCCUGCUGAUAAAAAGCAGCUUGAUGGGGGUCACAAAAAAUCUCUCAAGUUUAGUAACCAAACUAAAACUCUAAUGUUCUGCCCCUCUUUAGAAGAACGUCUCCAUUGAGCUGUGUGUAGUUCUGGUCACAGUGUUGUAGAUUCUAUGCAAACCCCCUCACCUAUCCCCCCAGCCAGUUUAUGUACCACUCGGUGUGUGUCGACAGGACGAGCCGUAUGCUAGCAUGUGAAUUCAGAGGAAGCUUGUGUGUGUGUGUGUGUGUGUGUGUGUGUGUGUGUGUGUGUGUGUGUGUGUGUGUGUGUGUGUGUGUGUGAGAGAGCGAGAGCAUGUGUGUGGAUGUGUCCCUAUGUGUCCCAUGAUGAGCAUGUCCUUAUGUUGACUAGUCAGUCCUUUCUGUGAGCCGUAGACGUCAUCAUCUUCUUUACCUCCGUGUGUUUGUGUUCUGUAGAUUCCUAGCUGUUCUUGUUUGUUUUUCAUAUUUCCAGAUGCGGUUAGCGAGACCAUCUAACUAGACUAUCAGAUUCUUUCUAAUAUGAAGUUGUAACUUUAAGCUUCAGCUCUUUGAGUUUAAACUGUGAUGUAAAUUAGGACAUCGUGGACGGUGCAAAGCCGUCCCACUGUGGUGUAAAGAUUCUUUUUUCAACUCCACCAGCUUAUACAUGGAUGUGGCCUCUAGCAGGCUGAUUCAGACAGGACAGUGACACUGAAGCAUUUCAACCCUGUGUGAUCCAGAUCAUCUCUGGCCUACAGAGGGUUCCUGUGGAAGUGGGCUAGAACCAGCUGCCUGACACCAGUUAACUGAACCAACAGCGUUGUUUUUAUCAUCAGUGGCAUGUUUUCCAUUUACUUAAAGGGAAACCUCACUGUUCCCUUUUGAUUUGUGACAUCACAAGUAGUCUUGGUGUGUUUUGAAUCAUUGAUCCAUGGUAGCAGGUCCCAUCAGACCCCAUCAGGCCCCUGCAGACCCCAUCAGGCCCAUACAGACCCAGAAGAUCAGAGAGCAAAACAUCAUCUUACACAUCUUUCCAUCACAAAACUAAUAUUGUGGAAUUAAGAAAGCCAGAUGAGAGCGUUGUGUAUCUUCUCUUGAAGGUGAUGUGCAGGUCAACGUGCUCUGGUGUCCCUCUGGUGUCCCUCUUGUAUUCUAGUAACCGGGACACCUGGAGAGCUUUGGGACAAUGGGUGCAGCACUGUGGAUAACACAUCUCUGUUGUGAUACUGACGUUUUAGGAUUCAUUCCAACACAACACUACUGUUAGUGGAAGAAGAGAGACCAAGUCAAACAUACCUCUUUAUUUACUAUUCUGUCUUUUGGUGUCACAGUCCCACUCUGUGUUUCUGCUCCUGACAUAUUGUAACGAUCAGAUUGUUUUUACGGUGUGCAGUAGUGGUUUUUGUAGGAUGUCUCGUCCACUAGCUGGUCUUUUCUACUUCCUGACACUUUGUAAGUCAAUGUGAACUGUAAAACCUUUUUAACAUUGAAGAUUACAAUCUUUACCAAGAGAGAGCUUCUAGAUUUUUAAAAGCAACAUUUUUAAAAAGGACUUGGAGAAAUAAAAUAAAAUAAAAAAAACGAUUUUUCUGAAAAUGCUUUAAAAGCUUUUUACAAAGCCAUAAGCGGUUUGACAGGCAGGUGUACGGGGCUGUGCUACUUCAGGACAACUUUUACUCUCCAACAAUAGAAAAGGAGGAGCAAUAAAAUAAAGCCGCAGAGCAACCGCACCGCAGCAAGCCGGUGAAACCGAUUGUGAUCUUUUCAUGACUGAUCUUUGAUCUUUGUCAUGAACCUGCUGUGAUGACAUGGACCGCUCUGCUCCCAGAGAGGUGGCAGUUGUUCCCUUAGUGUCUGCUGGAGACAGCAGACUGAGCUCCACAGUAGUCUGGGGAGAGAAAGUUGUUGGUUAAAACCUGCCCAGCUCUUUGCCUCAGUGUUGUCUGCAGAUCUAAUACUGUCUGGAGAUGAUGGGGAUUAAAUUAUUGUGAAGUAAUGAUGGAUUGUGAAGAUUUGAAGUGUCACAGUUUCUGUAAAUGAUCUAUUGCUGCAAUAAAAGGUUUGGGACAACA